GAAGUCGGAAGUUUUGUUUUAGUCAGACAAAGAAACUUUGUCAUUGGAGUAUUCUGUUUAGUCACAGAAUUGGUUUCAACAGAAUGGCUUUAUCCCUCAGUGAAGCACAAUCUCCACUGUCUUGUCAGCUUUGUGAUACUCCAGCUGUUAUAAAAUGGAGGUGUAAGGAUUGCGUAUUGUUAAUGUGUGAUAACUGUAAAGAAAGGAUACACCCAAAAUUUAAAUCGGCUGAAACACAUGUAAUAGUUUCCUUAAAAGAUGUCGGAAAGGAGGAUAGUGAUAUUUCUGCCCAGUUUGGAUCGUUACAAAUUUCAAAACCAGUUAUAUCGUCAGUAGUAUCCACAUAUAUGACAUCCCUCCCUGCUAUCUGUCAAAUGCAAUACAAUCCUGGUAACGAUACAUUAUUUUGCAGUUACUAUUUAGACGAUAGUACAUACGCGUAUUUCAAUAUCCGGUUAUUAAAAGAAUCAGUAAAAGUAUUACAAAGCUUUAACAUUGAAUGUAUGGAUUUUGCAUUAAACAGUAAAGGUAACAUUUACUUCGCACAAAAUCCUAGUUUCGUUUUAAAUGUUUUAUCCUCUGACGGCGUUAUAAAAACAAUUUUUAGUCUUUCGCAUAUGGUAAUACUUGGUAUACAUAUCAAUAAAAGCAAUGAAAUAAUCCUAGGUCUUAGAGAACAAGGACCACCCUUUCCAGUCAAAACAUGCUCUACCAGACAAAUUGCCAUAUUUGGAGCCAAAAAUGAGCGCAAAUUAACGAUUGAGUACGAUCAAAAGGGUCGAAAAUUGUUUAGUUAUAUAUGGAGGAUAUCAACUGAUUCAGACAAUAACAUAUAUGCAAUUGAUCAGUUUGAAAAAUUUGAUGGACGACUCGUUGCAUUAGAAACAUGUGGUCGUGCAAAAUUUAUUUACAAAGGUCACAGUAGUAUCAAUACUUCCCGAAAACCAUUCAACCCAAUGGGUAUUGUCAUCACGAAGACAAAUAUCAUAAUAGUCAGCGACAAAAAUAACAAUGCAUUACAUGCGUUGAAUACAAAAGGUGAAGUCAUUGGAAUACAAACUGUAACAACUCUAGGAAUAAAACGUCCACGGAGUCUGUGCCUUGACAGUGAAGGGUUUCUACUGAUUGGAUGUUACACCUCUACGAGUAAUGCCAAAAUACAUGCUGCAAAAAUUACAUUGUGAUUCAAUUAAAAAAAAACAUUUCAUUUAAUAUAGUGAAAUUUUCUUAGGGAUUAUUUUGCCAAUUAUGCGAUAUCAGAUAAGAUUGCGAAAAUACACGGUCAUGAUUUUUCUUUUAUUAGAAAGAUAAAAUUCAACGACAAGGAAAACGCAAAAAACCUCAAUGACAGGUUCUGAAAAAGGAAUUUCGAAAGUUAAACUCAUUUCAAGUGAUAAUUUAAUUUAAGAAUAACAUUAAAACUUGAUAUUAUUUAUUCUGUUGUGCAUUUACAAUUUGGAAUUAGGAAUAGUGGCUGCGACAAAUUAGCAGUAAGGAGUAAGCACAGAGACUGGUAGGCACGGAGUUUGAUAAAUUGUUUGGUUAGGGUGAUUUGUCUUCCGGUUGAAUGAACGUAGUAAACUAUGAAUCACAGUUUAUGGCCAAACUCAAUAAAGACCCGUCUAAAUUUCA